UCAGGCUAGUCUGACUUCACCGCGCCGAGGACUAACGCUGCUGCGGGACUCUGUCAGAAAAAACAACAACUUACUUUUCUUUUUGUCUCAUUUGAAGGGAGAUCCGAGCUCUUCCCCUGAAAUAAUCUGAAAAGAUGCUGCUGCUUCUCCUGGGAAUCAUCCUCCUGCACGUCGCUGCUCUUGUUCUCCUGUUUGUGUCAACAAUUGUCAGCGUUUGGACGUCAGGGGACAGCAACACCUCAGACCUGUGGAGAAACUGCACUCUUUACGCUGUAGGACACUCCUGUAACCCAGCAUCAACUGGAGAAUGGAUUCAAGCGGUCCAAGCUCUGAUGAUCCUCUCCAUCAUCUUCAGCUGCCUGUCUCUCUUCCUCUUCUUCUGCCAGCUCUUCACUUUGCAGAAAGGUGGWCGCUUCUUCCUCACUGGAGCCUUCCAGAUCCUGGCCAGUUUGUUUGUGAUGAGCGGAGCCAUCAUCUACACGGUGUUGAGCCCGGAGUGGGUGCCCGAGAAAAACACCUUCGGCUACUCCUACAUCCUGGCGUGGGUGGCCUGCCCCCUGGCGCUCAUUAGCGGACUCAUCUACGUCAUCCUGAGGAAACGAGAAUGAGCCGCCGCUCCCUCCCAGUGUUCCCAGUUAACCCUACAGCAAGUGUUCUCCGCUCCUCCCUGCAGUUUAAGUUGUGACGGCAGCGCUAAUCGCGGCUAACGGGGAAGCAAUCCCAAAAACAACUCGACACCAAAACACCGAUACUCUCUCUGUUAAAAGAUGUAUAUAGUAUCUAUGGUUUAAAACCUAUUUAUAACACUUUUUACAUGUAUAUAGUUUUCGUGUUGCUCCGUCGAUGUGCUUUGUUUUAGCUGAUUAAGUGCCUCGCGCUCGUUGUUUGUAAUGACAAAAUGAUUUUGUUGUGAGUUUUUCCUGCCUUUUUGUUAGAGUAAUUGCCAAAGAAUUAUUAAAAUAUCAAAAAAAAAGUUUUUUUUGCGAUAUAAUAACCAAAGUGCACGUAUAGAAACAGGAAAGUUUAGCCAGUUUGUCGUUACUGACUUGAUUUCCAAAUAGUUUUAACAAACGUGUAGCAUAAUCAUAAAAUCUAGAUGUUUUUCCCUUUUGUUUUUAAUCUCUGAUCAUGCUAUUGUUUUCUGAUUAUUAUUUUAUUUUUAACUAAAGAUGGUGCUAUGUAUUUAUCAUUCCUCUUAGUGAUAGCGAUCAUUUACUACAGUUACUGAGUUAUUUCAAGUGAGAAUCAGACAGAACGCGUUAAAAAGCCGGACUGCUUCUUUAGGGAACACAAACUUUAAUACUUUGCAGAACCUGUUUUGGUUCAUCAGCGUCUAGAAAUGGUUUUAAGAAAGAAAAAAAAGCAGAUUAAGGUUAUGCUCUGAUGAACCGAAAGGUGUGGAACUUCAGUAUUAUUCAACCAGCUCGCAAAGAGUUGGAUCACAUAAAAACAAAGUUCAAACAUGUAUUUCCUCUUUGUUUGCCUCGUCUCAUGAAGCCAAAUUGCCUUUUUAGCGACACCUCUUACAGAAAAUAACCCUGUGGGGCAUUGUAGCUAACAGAAAAUAAUAUCUAUACGUGCUAUAUUAAAGGUGAAGCCAUACGGAAAAAAAAAAUCACAGGAUGUUUCAAGAAAAGACAAAGAACUACAGCGACGACGCAAAUAUCUGACGUACUUGAAGACUGACCUGCUGCGGUCUCUGCCUACUGAUGUCGACACGUUAAGUUUGUUUUGUUUUUCCUCAACUGUAUAAAACACUGUUUAUAUGUUGUGCAUAACAGCGCUUUAUGAAAAUGUAGCUGAAAAAAAAAGAAUCUCACUAAAUAAAUCUACUCUCACAUGAUCCAGUACUGUUGUAUUCCACUGUUCUGAAGGACUGAAGGCUCAAAGCAGCUAAAGUUUACAACAACACAGAAAUCAUUCGUAAAUGAAUAGUCUGGGUAUUUUUAAAGUGAUUGUAAAUACAGUAGUAGCUCAUCAGCCACAGAACGUARGAAAAAAAGGGGAAACAUCCAGAUUAGGCUGAUGGUCGGCAAAACAAGUGACUGGUUGUAUCGUUUUAAGCUGAGGUUGUUGUAACGAAGUAUAUUUACUGAGUUAUAGUACUUCAUUUWCUUGAGAAUCUGUAAUUUUACUGUUUCAUUUUAAAACUGAACUUUUAUUUUAGAUGCACUGGAAACAUAAAAAGGAUACUUUUACUGCUUUACUUUAACAUAGUCAAACAUUUCAAAUUUAAUAAGACCGGUGUUGUACGAAAUUCAGCUCCCCUGUGAAAAUCUGUUCCCUGUGUUUGAAGCGUCUCCCUCAUAUUAACCAUUUAGGACUGGUCUGACGUUAUGCCUGGACCAGUGAUUCUCUCUAAGGUUAACCACUGGGGGAACAGAUUUUCAUAGGGGAACUGAAUUWCGUACAACACCGGCACUCAUCACGAAAGGAGUUGUUUGUGCAAAAAAUAAAACYCGUUGAACUUAGCGGACCAAAGCUCUACUUGUUUCCACUAAACCGAGUUGAGCAAAUGUUGAGAAAAUGUGUAAAUUGUUUUACAUUUACUCAGCUCUGUUCAGUGGAACUAGUUGACAUAACUUGGUUAAGUAAAUUCAACACUUCUUUUCUUAAAGCAGAUUCUUGACUUUUAAACACUUUUUUCUUAAAAGAGAAACUCAUUUUUAUUUAUUUUAUUUUAUUUAACCUUUAUUCAUCCAGGUUAACUGAUCGAGAACCACUUCUCAUUUACAAAUAUAACCUGGCAUGACCUUUUGAACAAAGUCCUUUUCUGUUUUUUUUUUUUCCAGACAUUUUUACUUUUACUUACCGGUAGUUAUGUUUUUCACUUACUUUUACACCUCUUGUUUUAAGCUCAUGAAACUGUUACUCAAAACUAUACUGGUGUUAAAACAUGCUUCAUUAGCUAAUAGUAAAUCUCUGCACUUAAAUGUCAAAAACAAAGACAUUCUAACUCAGUUCUGUGAUAAAGGCUGACAACGUGCUAAUUACUGACAGAACCUCACUUUAUAAAAAUGGCCAGACUAUCCCUUUAAGGAUGUUAKGGUUCUCUGACUGUAAACUCUGAAACACGUAUCUGUUUGUGGUGCAAAAUCUGAAACAGGCAGAUAUUUCUGCAAGGCGGAGCUGAUCAAACUCCACCUUACUGCUCGUCUCGGUGGAGCAAACCAGCAUCCUUGUGCGUGUGGCUGCACAUACUGGAUGGGACUCGUGCGGCAMAGGCCCGGCACGCAAAUGCCAGUUAUCACAAGCACGCAGCUCGUGUUUCAGUGUCAGCAUCUCUCCUGACAUCAGAUCCAAGAGAACUUGUUCAGACGCCAAAACAUGGCACCUGACCUUCGCCUGACAUCUCCAGAGCGGAGCUGUGUUGUGGUGGGUUCGAGCAUCGGCUGUGGGCUUUAGCUGAUUUUUGGGGUUCAGUUCGAAGAGAAUACCUCAAAUGACGACUGCCCUUUUAACGACUCGUAAAGCUGAAGCCUUCAGUUGUCAACUUCAAAUCUCUUUAACGUUUCUUCAAAUUAAUUCAUUAAAGGAUGUUUCUUACCACCCAAA